AGUCUGAGCAACUUAAAACAGCAGCACUCUGAAGCACUCCACAGCCAGCAAGCUCCACACACAGCUUGGGAGAGACUGAACACUAUGCAUGCUGCUUUUCAAAGGAUUUAAGGAUAUUUUUUGCUUUUUGUUGAGUUUGGAAUAACAACUGCUUACAUUUUACAACUCCUGGACCAUUUAAUUCUACACAAGGACAGACUUUGGAGCUCCAAGUGGACAAUGGAAGCAAUACACCCGAGUGACAACUGUACAGCCAGAAACCCGGAUUUGUACAUGUUCUACUUCUCUGUGAUGAUAGUGGAGUUUAUCCUGGCUCUUCCUUUAAACAUUUCGGUGAUGUACGUCUUCAUCUUCAAACUCAAAUUCUGGAAAUCUAAGAGCAACAACAUUUUCUUGUUUAAUCUUGUGCUGGCCGACAUCCUGCUGCUCAUAUGUUUGCUAGUGAGGGCGGACAGCUUUCGCAAGGGUGAGAGACGCAGUGAAAAUAAUGUCACAUGUAGAGCUGUUCUCUUCUUGCUGUUCCUUAACCGAGGAGCCAGCAUUGCCUUUCUGACAGUUGUUUCCAUCAACCGGUACUUCAGCGUGGUGCAUCCGGGGAUAAAGAACCCCCUAAAGGUUCUGAAACGAUCCGUUAUCAUCUCCUGUCUGAUCUGGGCCUUUCUGCUCCCUAUGACCAUACCAACCAUGCUGAAGACCUUUGAGUGCUGCAACACUGAUGAGGGCAUGGAGGACAAAGUUGUCAUCGACAUCCUCAGGGAGGUGGUGUUCUUCAGCCAGGUCCUGAUCCCUUUCGCUGUCCUCGUCUAUUGCACCGUACGCAUCAUCAACAGGCUGAAGAUGAAGUCGGUGGGUGACAGGACCAAGCUGCGAAGGGCAGUGUUCCUGGUGAUCUCAGUCAUGCUGGUCUUUUCUGUUUGUUUUUUGCCGUCUGCCAUAUCGAGAAUGGUGCUGCUGAUCAUGAGAGGGAGGCAGGUACUUCGAGCGGAGGAAAUCGCAGUGCAGGUGUACGACGGCCUUAUGUGCCUUUCCUAUUUGGAUUGCCUGCUGGACCCAAUUGUGUACUGUCUGAGCAGCACAAAGUUCAAAAAUGUAUAUCUAUCAACCUAUCUUCCCUGUCUAGUGAAAGAAACAGAUUCAGAAAAUGAAUGAAAGCGUGAAAUAUUUUUACAAAAUUAUUGAAUGUAAUAACUAUAAAUUGUAAGAAACUUGAACAAAAACAGUUUUAAACAUGUUAACUACCUUUACAACAACAGAACUUUUAAUUCAAUUCUAUUUAAUAAUCCUACAAUUGUAAUUUAUGUAUAUGAUAAGAAAUAUAUCCCACAGAUAGAAAGCACUGAGUCAAUAUGUGGCUCAAUUGUUAUCAUUUGUGUGAACUGUAUUACUAGCAUUACUAGCAGUGGCAUCUUGAAUAACCACAGGUUUCUGUACAUUUUUUAAGAGUUAAAUGUAGAGAUGUACAUACUAUACAUAAUAAGACCACAAGGAACUUAAGAGACUGUUGUAUUUGCAUUGUUUUGUCUUUCAUUUUAUACUCUUGUAAAAAAAAAAACUAUGUACUGUAGAUUUUGUGGUAAAUGUUUUUUUUAUAUAUUUUUGUUUGAUAUUAUUUAUAAAUUCUAAGAAUUGUAAAUAUUAGGAAAUGAGCCAUGUUUCUUCACAGAGUGCUGUGCCCGGUAAAACACUGGGAUUCAAGUUUGAACACAUUUGGCUACAUUCUGACUGAAACAGAUGGGUGGCAGGGUUGAUUCUUUGCUCCACUGGGACAAAAUGCAACAGUGCUUCAGCUGGAGGACUCCUGGAAUUGGCCAAUACAUUUUCCACCCACAAAUGUGUUAUUUCAUAACUGUUGCUAACUCUAAAUAAACACUGUGUUCUUGUGUUCUGAUGUAAGAACAAAAGCAUGUCUUUUUCUCAGUUUCUUGGGAAAAACCAUGAACUAUUUUCAACAGACAACUACAGUGUUUAUCUACAAAAUGCAGAGCCCUGUUUAAACUGCUGCUCUACUGAGCUGAACUAUGUUGUUGUAACUAAUCUAAACUAGGCGGGUUGGCCACGUCAAUGGCAUAAGAUCUUACCACUAUGCUAACAUUAGCUGAAUUGCAUAAGAAAAUAAACAACCCUGGAUCUGCCCUCACUGUGUGACACAAAAUAAAUAUUUGAAAUACA